AGCAACGGGAAUGAGACCAGGUGUUCAUAAUUGGAGAGCAGCAGGUGUUUUAAAAAACUACAACGGAGAACGCGUUUGACUGAAAAUAUCGCAUUUAAAAACGAUUUAUAAGUAUAUAUAUUACGUAAAACAAUACAGUUAUGAUUCCAUUUGGCUUGAAGCUGAGUGUCGUCCUCGUGCUUCUCCUCGGUUUCACGUAUCACCGUGUUGAUGGACUCUGCAGCGUGCAGCAUUGUACCAACAGCACGAGAUGUCUUCUGUCCAAAGACCAGAUGACCUGCAAAUGUGCCACUGGAUAUUAUGGUGACCAAUGUGACAAAGAUGCAGAAAUCCGAGUUGUAUGCGGCAAAAACUACUUAAUAAUCGGAGCGAAAGAAGACUUCUUCAAGUAUCACAAUGUGCCACUGCAAUCCCUGCACUUGGCCAACAAAUCUUGUCGUGCUCAGAAAGUUGUCAUUGGCGGCGAGUCGUACUACGUUUCCAGGAUAUCUAAAGACCUAUAUGCAACCUGUGGAGGCAAGCCGCUGGAGAAAAACUUUACUCAUAUCACAUAUUCCCUGAGUCUACUGUCAGACCCUCAGGUUACGGGUAACAUCAUCAGAAAUCCAGUCAUUAAGAUGGACUACAGCUGCGUCUACCCAUACAUCAGGAGAAUCAGCCUACCUUUCCCACUCGUCCCCUUUUCCAGUGAGGCAGUGAUGCGUGUGGAUGAACUUGAUGCCAAGAUACAGAUGAUGUUGUAUAAGGACCAAUCCUACACUGUGGCCUACAGUGGAGCUCCCACCAUUGAACUCAGAGACAAGGUAUAUGUGGAGGUGAGAGUCACAGAGCCUGCAGAUUUCUUCCUGCUCCGCAUUAAUGAGUGUUGGGCUACACAGUCUUCUCAGCCUAAAGAGGGAUCGGUUCACACUCUGCUUCUAAACGGGUGUGUGGAUGACCAAACUGUUUCCUUUCAUAACAUGAGUAAGGGAGAGUCUGGCCGUAACGGAGAAAGUUCCACCAUUCGCUACAGCUUCGACAUGUUUCGCUUCACAGGAGAAUCUCACAGUCUCUAUCUGCAUUGCACCAUACAGCUGUGUGAGCCAGACGACUACAAGUCCUGCACACCUAACUGUAAUUCGAUCACUAAGAGAGAAGCAGUAAGGGGAGACCCCACCAACCAGGGCCUCCUGUCGUAUGGACCCAUCAGGAUUGAAAUGCCAGACAGACCUCAUUCCAGCAUACUAAUGGCAGUGGUGCUGCCCGUAGCAGCUGUCUGGACUGUGGGCUUCUUCCUCAUCAUCCUCAUUACUGUGGCCAAGGCAGGCAGCAGGAGGCUCACACAAGUGGAGCUGCACUCACAAUAACAAUAGUGCUUUUGGCAGCUUGAAUAAAACUUGUACAAAGUGUC